AUGACUAUGUCAAAGAUCAUUCUCCUCCUCCUCGUCGCACCCCUUCGCAUGGCCGCCGCAAGGUCGGAUUGUCUCCCCGGGGGGCAGCACAUGGAGGCGUCUUUUGCCUGUAGCAUGAUGUGGUUGUCGAAGCCGCAACAAGAUCUAUGCAUCCGCAUCAUGAUCUGGGGCGGCAUCGACAUGUCCGUGUCGCACAAGGAGGAGGAAACCGGGUACGUGACCCUUGCCGCGUGGUUCGCCGUGGAAUCCUUCGACGUCACACGGAUCGCCGCGAGGAACCAGCUCAGCCAUAACACAUCGCUCUCCGGACAGGAGAGGCACGCCUACGAGGGGUGCAUGAAGGACUACGCGCUAGCGGGCAGACACAUCACCCGCGUCGCCAACGAGAUGCUACCCAGCUGCCGCUUCACGGACCUCAGCUACGAGUACAACCGUGCGCUAAAUAGCAUAGUUACUUGUAUGAAUCGGCUGUCGGCGCUGACUCAGGUGAACACGCCGUUGUACCCCAUGGUGUUGGCCGACCAGGACAAAGCAGUGCUGGCGUACCAUCUUGCUACUUUGAUAGGUGUAUUGUGA